AUGGCCGAGACACCAUACGACCCUUACAUCCCCAGCGGGCAACGGGCCCCAGAUACACAGGGCCGCUCAGUGACGGAGCGGCUUCAAGAGGAACUCGAUGGAGCCAAGAGGGCGCUGCACCACAACAUUGACAGCCUAGCGGAGCGUGGCGAUCGGCUUGAGGAUCUCCGGGACAAGUCAGACCGGCUCGCCGACUCGGCACAGAGCUUCCGCCGUGGUGCCAACCAGGUCCGCAAAAAGAUGUGGUGGAAGGACAUGAAGAUGCGCAUCUGGCUAGCGAUCGGCAUCAUCGUCCUUCUGGCUAUCAUCAUUAUUCCAUCGGUUGUCGCUACUCAAAAGAAGGAUUAA